GUGUGUGUGUGUGUGUGUUGUGUGUGUGUGUGUGUAGGUAAGAAGGGCUCGGAUCUGGGCGAGUAUGACCCGCUGACACAGGCUGACAGCGAGGAUGAGACGGAGGACGAUGAUCUGGUUCUGAAUUAUCCUCGUAACGGUCUGAACCCUGCGGUGGCUGAUCUGAGGGGCGAGGAGGAGUUGGAUGAGGAGGAGGAGCCAAGGGAGGGGGCGGGGCAUGAGGUGGGGUCUGGGCGGAGUCAGGGCGGAGCCGCGGAGGAGAAGGCGGCGCGGGUGCGAGGGGCUAUGCGAUCCGCGGUGUUCCUGCUGCCGCUGUCCUGCGCCGCUCUGCUGGUGCUGCUGUGUGCGUUUCUCAUUCCCUGCCCACAGGGGGCGCCGCUCCAGACGCAGUGGGAGAGAGAGCUCGGAGACACAGCGGGCGUGACGUCACCUCCCAUUGCAUUGUGGGAUGUGGAUGGGGACGGACUGGAGGAUGUUUUGAUUGGCAUUACGAACUUCUCCAACGACAGUCAGCCAAUGAACGCACAGAGCAAAGAGUUCAGCGUGUGGGCUCUCGGCGGCGGCGGAGGGCAGCUGCUCUGGAGGAAGUCCCUCAGAGAGCCGCUGAUCUCUAUUCAGUGUGGACUGCAGACAGGAAGUUCAGAUCCACUGCACUCGUCUGCCUGCGUCCUGAUCAGCUCUGGUCACAUGAUCGCCAUCAAUGCCUCCACAGGAUGGACGUUGUGGACGACGGCUGUAGGAGACGUGGAGUCUCACGCUGUUCUGCUGCCGGAUCUACAGGGAGACGCCUUUCCAGACCUGCUGAUCGCAACACUGCCGGAGGACAAGGUGUCUGAUCUGGCUCUGGUCCUGAUCUCCGGCCGCUCAGGAGCUCUGAUUGGCCGGCCGGUGAACUUUAACCUCACGGCUCAGGGUAAGCUGAUUGGUCCGCUGCUGCACGAGACGCAGACGGGAGCCUAUUACGUGCUGUUCGGACUGGGUGUCAGCGUCUCUGAGCGGGUGGAUUUCCUGCUCUCUCUGGUGGUGGGCUCGUGUCAGCGUCUCAGGAAUCUGGAUGGAGUGUCAGCGUUGAACUGCAGUCGCAGUGACUGGAUUGUGCUGAGUGACUCCAGCAGACGUCUGUCUGUGCUGAGAGCCAGCGACACUCGGCCUGUCUGGAGCCUCGGCCUCGCCUCCAUACGCACUCGUCUGGCGGCGGGUCACUUCAACGAUGACGGCGUUCCUGAUCUGCUCGUUCAUCAGUCGGCCAAUGGUGUGAGGAAGGUGCAGAUCGUGGACGGCGCGCGGGGGCGGAGCCUGUGGGAGGCAGAAUUUGUGUGUCCUCGUCUGGCGGUGGAGGAUUCGUCGGUCCUGACAGUUACCGGCCAAUCGGUGUUCCUCUUCUGGGCGGGAGAUCCGCUGGCGCAGCCGCAGAACGUCUCCAAGGUGGCAGAGCCGGUCCUCCGCAAGCUCUUCCUGCUCCACCCGAACUAUCCCACAAUCCUCCUGGAGCUCAGCAGCACCACAGACACGAUCCUCAGUGCCGCCGUGAGCUACCAAGCGCAGCAGAAGGACGCGUGCUACAUCAGCGUGUCGUCUCGGCCCUCGGCUCGCACUCUCGGCGCUCAGAUGCUGCAGACGCUCAGUCUGAGAGCGGCCCUCGCAGACGCCAGGAUCCUGCGGAUCACAGACGCCGCCGACAAACCCAGCGCUUUCCAGCUGCGCAAGUUCUUCAGACGCCUGGCCUUCAGACAGUGACUUCAAUCCUGGCUCGAGCGCUGCAGACGACACGACCCUCGUCACACACACACCUUUGA